AUGACUCCCGGGGAACCAAGGAAAUUGAACUUUAAAGCAUACCUUCAAAGAAAUGAUAGUAAGCUGAAAGCUAUGAAGAGAGGUGGUCGUCAAUCUCCAAAGGCCUCAAAGAAAAUCAAAACGACAACGGAUGAUGGUAAUAGAGUUACUUCAGAUAAUGAAGUAUCUAGUGGAUUUUCAAGUGAUGACGAUCACUUGGGGAAUCAAUUAACUAGUAAAAUAUCUAUGGAUUUCUUGAACACACCUUUGGUCAAUAAACUUGAAAAGAAAGAGGUGACAGUAACAAAGAAACCCCAAGAAUGUCCCUUUAAAAUUAAAGAACGAACAAUGAAUGAUAGUAAUAUAGUAUUGAUUGAAAGUGUUCCAGAUAUACCGAUAUUCAAACAUGAGUCGCCAAUCAAGAAAGCUGGACUUAAUCUUGAUAGUGAUGAGAGUAGUGAUGAUGACAGUGGUGACAAAGAUGUAUAUUCUUUAGCCCAAACUGUAAAAAGAAAUAGGAAAUCUAUUAAGAAACUAAACAAAAGACUCUCAUUUAGUAAUUCACCGCAAAGUAUACAAAAGUUGAAGACCCAUUUUACAGAAAAAUAUAACUUACCACCAGUAAUAUCGUUGAAGGAUAUUAAUGAAAGAAGUAAACCGUUCUUGGGGAUUGCUUUAGAUAUACUUAAUGGGGACCUUCAAUCAGGUUAUUAUUCAAAGGCAAAACAAAUAUCUAACGAAUCAACAAAUUCAAUACUUUCUACUACAGAAAUGAGAAGAUUGGAUCUCACUUUUUUCUUUGCUGGAUAUUAUGGUCUAAUGAGACAAUAUAUUGUUGGACAGAUAAUCGCUACCGAAUAUAAAUCUAACUUUACAAGAAACAAGUCCCCUGUAUUAAGAUGGUGGGGUGUCGAAGACUUUUGUAGAUACGUCCUGGCACCAGAAGUAUUGACAGCAUUAUGCAUGUCCGAGAUGAAUAUAAAACCCAAGGAAGACGAAUAUGAAGAAGACGUGAAGGAAAGAGUAUUUGAACUGUUUCAAAAGACAAAAGAAUUCGGUUUACAGGUUGCCGAUGUUGAACUAGAUUGA